CAUAAGCACAUGUUACUAGUCCGAUUCGGACUGAUAACCUUCCCAUCGAAAUCGGGUCACUUCAUCUUCCACAUUUUCACCCUUCUAGAGAAGUUCACGGCUUUCCACCCACAACGCAGCAGCAUGCAAAGAAAAUAGCAUUCGUUUGCCCCUAAGCGUUGAAUACGCCCGCCGCGCCGUCGCGUCGUCGUCUCGUGCCAAGUGAAAAUUCACACGCCUCACUUUCUGCGACCGAAACGUUCUUGGUCGGAUGGGUGAAAAGUUCUAUACCUACUGUUUGUUUAAUUUAAUGCAAACAUUGAAUCAUGUGAGAUAAGCAUUGAGACUGAAGUAUAAAAGUAGGAGUAUUGUUCUAGUGGCUACAUCAGUUACCACUCAUCUGUUUAGAAACCAACAACUUGUGCUAUCUAGUCAAAAUUCAAUAUGAAGGUAUUGUUACAUUGCAGAUUGAAAUAGAAAAUAACUUUCACUCAAUCAACUUUUCUAUUUCAGUUCACAGUGCUGUUGUUUGCUUUUGUGGUUUGUAUUUCUGCGUAUGGCCACCACCACCACACCGAAAGUAUAAGUGAAUACAAUUUCAAAACUUUUCACGAGAUUCCGGAGAAGAAGCUGGAUGACGAGGUGGAAGCGAAGCUGACAGUUUUGAACAAAAUGCUCAAAGAUUACCAGAAGGAACUGAAAACUGAAGUGAAGCUGAAAUCUGAAGUGCAAAAGGAAGAAGUCGAAGUCGAUGAGGUGUCUAAAGAUAAGGUUUACAGCUAUGAGUUCGGGUAUGGAGUUAAAGAUCCAAAGACCGGCGAUAGCAAGGACCAGUGGGAGAAAAGCGUCGAAGGGAAAGUCAAAGGAGUUUAUAAAGUGGCCGAAUCGGAUGGUACGGUGCGAAUAGUUGAGUAUGAGGCAGAUGAUAAGAAAGGAUUCGAAGCAAAGGUGACAAAUGUGGCACCUGAGAUCAAAAGCGAAAAAAUAAUCAAGGAAGAGGAAAAAGAACCGUACAGCUACAGCUACCUGAAGAAAUUUACCUACUAAGACAGAUGAAUGCAUUCCUGAAAGAAACGAAAUUUGAAACUGUGCUUUAUUGUAUUCCUCAUUAAUUUUCCUCAAUAUUUUAGUAGAAUAAGUUAAAUAAAUUGAAUCAUGUAGGAGAAAUAA